UCUAUUCUAUUUCUAUAAUAAUAACGAUCAAUUUUAGGGUUUUCUAAUUCCCAAAUCUCGAAACAUAGAUUCACCAUUGCAGCAAUGGAAGAACAAUCCGUAAACGGCACAAUUUCAACUUCAAUCACAACCAAAACGACACAAGAUUUAGCCAUUGAAGGUCUCAAAUACUUAGAAGAAACCAUACAACACGCUUUCAAAAUACUUUCUUCAAUGAACGACGAACUUUGCAAUCCCGUUUUAUGGUCAACUUCUCCUUCCAAUGUUACAUCUCCCAAUGCUCCUUCUUCAAACGGUGACGCCACUUCCGAUAGCUCCAGUCAACAUGCUGACGGUGGCGCUUCCAGUGGUGGUGGUGCUGGUGGAGCUCUUGAAGAAGCUCGGUUACGGUAUAAGAAUGCUGUCACUGGACUUAGGACUGUUCUUACUGCAAUCCCUAAUUCACAAAAGGCAAACACGUUUGACAGUGGUUCAGCUGCUAGCCCUGCGGAUGAAGCUGAAAUCGAGAAGUUGGAAGAGCAAGCCUCUUCUUUAAAAAAGGAACUUGCCGACAAGAACUUGCACAUAAAGAUACUCAUAGAUCAACUGCGAGAACUUAUCACUGACAUAUCAACAUGGCAAAGUCCUUUUUCGACCUGAAGUUGGUAGUGCUUGCAUUUGUAGAGUGAUAUAAAAAAUUUUAACGCGAUCCAGAUUACAGUAAAUGGUAAUGAUGCUUCUUUACAUUUUACCAAUUGAAGUUGAAUCAAUUGUCCUCAAGCUACAAUUUCAGAGUAGUAGAAUGAUAAGAGGUGGUCUGAAAUCUGAACAUUUUUAUUGGUAGAAUAUUUGACAAAUUUUGCAAAAUAGCAACCUGCCAAUGAUUGAUGUAAUCCUUUAUUUUAUUGUUGCCAUAAGUUGUACCUAAAUAUGAUUUUAUUCA